ACUGUUUGGUGGUAAAUGCAGGAGCGCAAGUAAUGAACAGCAUUGGGGGAGCGUCGAGAUGGUGCUACAUGCUACAUACGCAUGCGAUGCUGGCUGUUCCAGGGAUCGACUUUCCGGUAGUGUUCGAAUACAUCGCUCGUGCCCCACCUGGCUUUGCAUCAGAUGUCUUUCAUUGGAAAGAACUUCAUCCGGUGCUACCAAACGCUCAAAUCGAAGGAAGCUCCUAUGUUGCAGGUGCAGAGUCGGAGAAGGAGGAGUGCUACCCUCGUACGACUCUCUUCGCUUGUGUCCCUAAGGAACGAGGCGGCGAUCAUGUGCAACGGAGACACCCGAUGUACGUCUAUCGCCAGUCCAUUCGCUGGAACGACUGACACCUGCGAGUGCAGAAUUGCGGCAGAGCCAUACAUACCAAGGUCGCUGGCGCUUUCGAUUUGCCAGGGUACGGCUGGAGCGCGCCAUACACUGAAGACGCGGGUCCAGGCUCUCCAUCACCCGUGUUGGCGACAAGGCGUUUGUCAAAGCGUGGAUCACUUUGCCGACAGACGCGAUGCCGACGUACCGGAGUCAGCACGGGACGAUCAGCGUUCGAACGUAUCUGUCCGCGUCGACGAAGCUGCAUGGCAAGACGGAGAACGAGGCGAUGAAUUACCGCCACCUCAGAGCCGUGGCGUCCAUCGAGGUGCGGAACAUAGCUACAGAGAGGCCGCCGUUCGGCGUUUCGCAGUGCUUGGUGCAUGAUGACGGUCGGGAGGAUUCCCCGCCGCCCCCUUACACUUCAUGAGAAGAGAAAUAGGGCAAUUUAAUGCGAUUCACUCACUGCCCCUAUUUUACGCUGACCUGCCGAACAUAGCGUACGAGCUAUCAGCUCGGUUACAUCGGCAUGCAAACAGAUAUACGCGCCGCAGAUUACUCAUGCAACAGGUAGGGCGCAUUUGGUCGGAUGGCCGUGCACAGGUCCCUGCAUAAGUCGCUUCUCAGAAAGAAAGAAUCAGUGCUCCAGUAGGCACUUGAACUGCGGCAAGAGGCACGCCUGUAUAACAAGGUCAUCCCUCC